UUUUUCCUUUCUUCCUUUCAUUUCUCUCUUACACUCUCUCUCUUGCUUCUUCAUUCUUCACCUCCGUGUCACCGCAGAGUCGACUCGGCUAACUAACUAACUAACUAACUCAGCCGGCAACUCGGUAAUCAACUCGCUGAGUUGAGAAAUGGAGAAUCUGAUACAGCUUGUGAACAAGAUACAGAGAGCAUGCACCGCCCUCGGCGACCACGGCGAGGACGGCAAAGAAGGUGCCGUUCCCACUCUCUGGGACGCCCUUCCCUCUAUCGCCGUCGUCGGCGGCCAGAGCUCUGGAAAAUCUUCGGUGUUGGAGAGUAUUGUCGGAAAGGACUUUUUGCCUCGUGGAUCUGGUAUCGUAACUCGGCGUCCUCUUGUUUUGCAACUUCAUAAGAUUGAUGAAGGGAGGGAGUAUGCAGAGUUUAUGCAUCUUCCAAGGAAGAAGUUUACUGAUUUUGCUGCCGUUAGGCAAGAGAUCUCUGAUGAGACUGACAGAGAAACUGGUCGAACCAAGGGCAUUUCUUCUGUUCCUAUCCAUCUUAGUAUCUACUCCCCUCAUGUUGUUAAUCUAACACUAGUUGAUCUUCCUGGACUUACAAAAGUCGCCGUUGAUGGUCAACCAGAUAGCAUUGUGCAAGACAUUGAAAAUAUGGUUCGGGCUUUUAUCGAAAAGCCAAAUUGCAUCAUUUUGGCAAUAUCUCCGGCUAAUCAAGAUCUUGCUACCUCAGAUGCAAUUAAGAUUUCCCGUGAAGUAGACCCUAAAGGGGAAAGGACAUUUGGAGUUUUGACAAAGAUUGAUCUUAUGGACAAGGGUACGGAUGCCGUGGAUAUCCUUGAAGGGAAAGCAUAUAAGCUAAAUUUCCCUUGGAUUGGUGUUGUCAAUCGCUCCCAAGCAGAUAUCAACAAAAAUGUUGAUAUGAUUGCUGCUCGACGUAGAGAGCAAGAGUAUUUUGAAACUACUCCAGAAUAUAGACAUCUCGCAAGCAGAAUGGGCUCAGUGCAUCUAGGAAAGGUGCUAUCUAAGCAUUUGGAAACUGUCAUAAAGUCUCGGAUCCCAGGCCUUCAGUCACUAAUUAGUAAGACAAUCAUGGAUUUGGAAAUGGAACUAAAUCGCAUUGGGAAACCUAUUGCUGCAGAUACUGGAGGGAAGUUGUACACGGUAAUGGAAAUCUGUCGAAGUUUUGAUCAGAUAUUUAAAGAUCAUCUUGAUGGAAUACGCCCUGGUGGUGAUAAAAUUUACCAAGUAUUUGACAAUCAGUUUCCAGCAGCUCUUAAAAGGCUACACUUUGACAAACAUCUUUCAAUGGACACGGUGCGAAAACUAAUAACUGAAGCAGAUGGAUAUCAACCUCACCUCAUCGCUCCUGAGCAAGGAUACCGCCGUCUUAUUGAAUCUUGUGUAGUAUCUAUUAGGGGCCCUGCUGAAGCAGCUGUUGAUAUGGUUCAUGGAAUUUUGAAGGAUCUGAUCAAGACAUCUAUGAGUGAAACCCUGGAACUAAAGCAAUAUCCCACCCUUAAAGUAGAACUUGGAGCUGCAGCCAAUGAAUCAUUGGAGAGGAUGAGAGAAGAAAGUAAGAGAGCAACUCUGCAAUUGGUAGACAUGGAAUGUGCUUAUUUAACUAUCGACUUUUUCCGCAAACUUCCUCAAGAUGCCGAGAAGGGUGGAAAUCCAACUCACUCGCUUUUCGACAGAUACAGCGAUGCUUAUCUUCGUCGAAUUGCAACCACUGUAUUGUCCUACGUGAACAUGGUAUGUGCAAGCCUCAGGAAUACUAUUCCCAAGUCUGUAGUUUAUUGUCAAGUACGCGAGGCUAAACGCAGCUUACUCGAUCAUUUCUUCACAGAGUUGGGGAAGAAGGAUGGAAAACAACUAUCUGCGUUGCUGAAUGAGGAUCCGGCAGUGAUGCAGCGCAGAACCUCGCUCGCAAGAAGGCUAGAGCUAUACAGAAAUGCCCAAGCAGAAAUUGAAGCUGUUGCAUGGGAUAAGUAGAAAGCACCAAUGCUACUGAGCCGAAUUCGGAUUUUAGAUUCUUUUGUGUAUGUCGAGGGGAGGGAGCAUAAUCAUUCUUUAAACACUCAGAGGAGAGUAGAAUAGUUUUUGACAUAAACCAUUGAGGUUUCAGGCUCAUUGGUUUAGUUAUUUAUUUUUACCUGAUGUAAUUCAUUUGUAUUCAGCAUUCUUUUAUUGUCUAGUUAAUAAAGGAAUCCAUUUUAUUCA